AUGCACUGUUGCCCUUCCCUCGCAACUCUCCACUCUCCAGUCCUCCCAAGGAGCAUUCUCCCGCCAUUCACGGUGCUCACCAAGGGCACGCAGCAGGAGACGGUGGGGUGGUUUGGAGAAAAGCCAGUCACCCUCUUCAUGUAUCCGCCUGGUGUGACGUUGGGAUGCGGCUUGGAGCUGGCAUUCAGUGCCAACUUCACCUUCGCUCUCUUGCACCACUCUGGUAGCGCCACCGGGCCCAGCGGCUUUGCGUUUGUGAUUGCCGCAACGGCCAAGGCGGGGAAGCCUGGUGGUGUGGGGUAUAGCGGGGUGGGAGCUCGGAGCAUAGCCGUUACAUUUGACAUUAAAGAGAGCCACCAGCACGUGGGGCUAAGCUUUAAAGGCAGAGAGGAAUCGUUGGUGGCAAGUGUAUCACCAUUCAUGUUCACGGAUGGCAAUGCGUACACGGCAUGGGUGGAUUACGAGCCUGGGGAUCCCGGCACCAUUCAAGUGUUCCUGGCGAGCUCGAACGUGAAGCCAGAGGAGGUGCUGCUGCAGAGGAGGGUGUCUCUGUGUGAGGUGCUGCAGCCAGGAGUGAAGCAGCAGGCGUUCUCGUUUGGGUUUACGGCGUCUACUGCUGUGAAGCCCUUCCAGCUGCAUGGCAUACUGUUCUCAACUUCCUUCUCAGAUGCGUGCUGGGCGUAUGCGGUGGUGGCGAGUGUGGAGGCGGCAUACGGCAUUGCAAAGCAGCAGAGUGCUCCCCGGCUGGCAGUGGACUCUCUCUUCGCCCUCAUGGGGCUCUCCGACUCCGACAAGUGCUCUGCUGGAGGCUCCCCCACGGAAGCCUUUGAGACGCUCACAGCUCUCGAUGCCUCCAGUGGGCUCACAGGGGAUAGUGACCCGGCAACAACGUACCCGGUGCAGGCAUUUGAGCGAGCGCAGUUCAAGGGGUAUGUGGGGCUCAUGCUGGCAGUGCAGCGGCAGCCAGUGGUGGUUCACAUUGAGGCGUCUCCAACCUUCAUGCUCUAUGAUGGGACGUUCAAGUACCAGGAUCCGGGUUGCUAUACGGGCAAUCUCAACCACGUUGUACUCGUUAUUGGCUACUUCAUCACAAGAAAUGAUGGCAGCCAGAACCGCAUUGCUCCUCCGUUUUGGAUCAUGCGCAACUCGUGGGGAGAGGAGUGGGGCAAGAGAGGGCACAUGCGCAUGGACAUCCAGGGAGGGGAUGGCGUGUGUGGCAUCAACGUGCUGCCUGGCAUCUACCCCAUUGUCAAGAUUCCAGGCGACCCCUGCGGCCAGAGCAGCUACAAGGGCGAUGGGGAUUUGCAGCCCAGCAUGAACCCGUGCGGUCGCUUCCAGUGCCAGGGGACGACAGAGACCACCAACAACUGCACCUGCAACGUUCCUACCGCUCCUGUGCAGCCCUUUGUGGAGGUUGAGAAUGGAUACGGCUCCAACACAUGUGCUUAUGGUGAGUUCUGCGGCAGGAGGACAGUGGACGUGUGUGGGUCGUACUUCAAGAACCCCUGCUACGUGGGAGCAUGCAUCAACGAUGGCAAGGGCUCCUACUCUUGCAUCUGCCCUCCCAACCACGUUCUCAGCACAACCGGCAUUGACUGCAGUCAGCCAUUGCCCAAGGGCAGUGUUCUUCAGCUGGUUGGUACUCCUGCCACACCCUGCACUGCCUUCUUCUACUCCCUCACUGGGGACACCUGUGCAUCCAUCUGCAGGCAGCUCAACUGCACCGAACCUGAUCUCACCGCACUCAACCCCGGCCUUGACUGCUCCAAGCCCAUCAAAGCAGGCCGUUCCGUGUGCCUCGAGCGCAGUGCCUCCUUCGCCUUCACUGUCCCCGAGUGUGUCAGAUACGGCACGCUCACACCUCAAGACACGUGCGAGCGGCUGCUUCAGAGGACUGUCACUUCACUAGAGGGUGCCAGUGAGAACACAUGGGCUGCGCUGUACCGCAACAAUCCCGGCCUCACUUGCUCCGCCACCAUCCCUUCCUCUGCCUCUGCUAUCGGCAGCAACAUCGGUGUACAGGGCAGAGUAUUGGUCGUUCACGAUGGGAUUAUGCAAGAAGGGUAG